ACUUCCGGGAACUAUUGAGAGGCCCCAUGAUCCGCCAAUGCUGGAGGAAAAAAAAAAAAGGUCCAUUGGAGUGAACGGAGUUGUCUCGACUCUCACUGGUGUUGUGUUAGACAUGUGACGUCAGCGGGUCAGAGGCCACGGUCAGUUAGCAAGUGGACAGACCAAAGUCCAACAGUUCCCACCUGACACUGAAUGCGUCCUGACUGCGUCUUCCUCCUGUGACAACCUUCCACGCGCCUCUACAUAUACAAGUACUCACAUGAGACUUCCUCUCUGCUCCUUUAGCAUCUUCAGAAGUCUACUCACCCAAAGGCAAACGGCGAGCCCACAGCGGCGAGGCCUGAGCGGCGCAGCCAUGCGUCUUGUGCAGUUUCAUCGCCAUGGCGACGGAGGAGGAGGCAUCAGAGUGGGAGUGGAGCAGGGCGAAGGGCUCGGCGUGGUGGACCUGAAGGCGUUUGACCCCUCCAUGCCCUCGACAGUGAGAGAGCUGCUGGAGCUGGGAGAUGAGGGUCUGCAGUGUGCACAGAGAGCCCUGGCGUCCGGUCGGUGUGUGUUGGAGCGAUCGGACAUCCAACUGCUGUCUCCCGUGUCGGCCCCAGAGAAGGUGGUGUGUGUGGGUAUGAAUUACCGCGACCACUGUCUGGAGCAGAACGCCCCGAUCCCCGAAGAACCCAUCAUCUUCAGCAAGUUCCCCAGCGCCAUCACGGGGCCAUACGACGACAUCGCACUGCCCUCAGAGAGCCAGGAGGUGGACUGGGAGGUGGAGCUGGCCUUUGUGAUUGGACGCAGAGGAAAACACAUCAAGGAGGAAGACGCUCUCUCCUAUGUGGCCGGGUUCACUGUGGCCAAUGACGUCAGCGCGCGUGACUGGCAGAUGAAACGCAACGGGAAGCAGUGGCUGCUGGGAAAAACGUUCGACAGCUUCUGUCCUCUCGGACCCGCCUUAGUGACCACCGACGCUGUGACAGAUCCUCACAACCUGGGAAUCCGCUGCCUAGUUAACGGAGACACAGUGCAGAGCAGCAACACGGACCAGAUGAUCUUCAAGACAGCGGCGCUGGUCGCCUGGGUCUCCAAGUUUGUGACAUUGACUCCAGGAGACGUGUUCCUGACGGGCACUCCUCCAGGCGUGGGUGUGUUCAGAAAGCCGCCUGUCUUUCUCAAGAAAGGAGACAUUGUGGAGUGUCAGAUAGACCAGUUGGGCUCUAUAAUCAACAAAGUGGUCUAAACCCCGACAACAACUGCUGCUGCGAUCACCAACAGUCCACAAAUGAAUGAAUUGCAGCCGUUAAAUAAAUAACCUGUAUUUACUGAUCGGUUACACAAAGAAUCACUAUUUACAGUUAUUGUACUAAUCCAGCUUGAUUUUGUGACGACGUCCAAAACGGGUGUUGUGCUUCUGAUGCUACGCUCGUGGCGAGGGAGGAAAACGUGAUCAUUUUUAGAACAUGGAACAGUGUAAUUACGUGACUCAAUGUGGUGUUUGCAGCUAACCCCCCCAACAAUCAUCAGCUGCUGUAGAAUUACCCUCGUUCGCAGCCACCCACUCACGCUGCAGAAACUGAAACUCCCGACGUAUUCCAAUAUAUGAAAAAGAAAAGAUAUUUCUAAUCACGUUUAAUGGUCACGAUGAUAAAUCGCAUGUUAAACUUUUCUUCUCACUCAAAUCGAACAGAAACAUUCUCACGGAAAAGACAAACUUCAAGUGGUGCGGAAAAUUCAAUGAAAUUAAUAAUAAGUAUACUGUCUUCAAUAUUUCUCCACUGAAUUGCCUGAGAGAAAACGCCAUAUAAUGACUUCGAUCUUGGCUUUGAUUCAUGUACCUGCCAUCUUCAGAAAUCCCAUUUACAUUUCUUGAUACAGCGCUGACGUGAUGUGAAACCUGGUAAUUAUAUUUGUCUGUCGAUUCACCUGAUAACGUGAGGAGUUACAUUUGUUUGUCAAAGAAUUUUUUUCCCUAAAGCAGCAGCAUUCUAGGUCUUGCUCGAGGACACAAGAAGCUCGGCAUUAAACUACCAACCCCUUUAUCUUUUCUCCACAAUGUGCAACAAGGCUUCUUUGUAGAUGUGGAAAUACAAAGAAUGUUUAGACUUUUAA